CGAUCUUCCUCGUCUCCGGGCCAACUCGGACAGCUUGCUCAUUUACGGCAACGGUCAAGGCUGGCUCAUGCCAGAAGCGCGCGCGCGCACACACGGGGGGAAAACUUUUUUUUGAAAAAAAAUGAAAGCCUAGACUAGCUCGUCGGCGGCGCGGGCGCUGUGCGAGGGGUUCGGAGCUGACUGCCCGCAGCACGAAAUCCCUCGGGUCGCGACUCCCAGCCCCUGGCCGUCCGCGUGGAAUGGUGCGCGCUCGCCGCUGGACCCCGAGAGCUGCUGCACCGAAGGCCGGCGACCAUGGCAGCGCGCCCUCCGCCUGCGCCCCCCGCCCGCGCCCUCCUGCUCGCCCUGGCCGGGGCCCUGCUGACGCCCGGCGCCGCCCGAGGGGCCACCUUGGGAAGCAGCUUGACACCUGCCACACCGCAGGCGCCAGCGGAGGACCAGGGUGGAGCCUAUGAAGUCGUCACGGCUUCCCUCUUGAACGGAGCCCUCUGGAGCCCAGGGCGGAGCGCCACUGCAAAGAACCAUCCAGAAGUGUUGAAUUUUCGACUACAACUGGAACGCAGAGAACUGAUCAUAAAUCUGGAAAGAAACGAAGGCCUCAUUGCCAGCAGCUUCACGGAAACCCACUAUCUGCAGGACGGCACGGACGUGUCCCUCGCUCGAAAUCACACGGGUCACUGUUACUACCACGGGCACGUGCAAGGAUCUCCCGGUUCGAUGGUCAGUCUCAGCACGUGCUCCGGACUCAGGGGACUUAUCAUAUUUGAAAAUAAAACCUAUGUCCUAGAACCAAUGGAAAAUGUAACCAGCAGACACAAGCUCUUCCCAGCAGCCACCCUGAAGGGCAUCUGGGGCUCCUGCGGAUUACAUCGCAACACCUCCGGCCCCGCUGCGGACGGCGGAUCCCCACCACCCUCCCGGCCGUGGACCAGAAGGCGUAAAAGAGAGACCCUCAAGAUGACCAAGUACGUAGAGCUGCUCAUUGUCGCAGACAAUCGAGAGUUUCAGAGGCAAGGAAAGGACCUGGAAAAAGUUAAACAGCGAUUAAUAGAGAUCGCUAAUCACGUUGACAAGUUUUACAGGCCCCUGAACAUCCGGAUCGUGCUGGUCGGGGUGGAGGUGUGGAACGACAUCGACAGAUGCCCCAUCAGUCAGGACCCGUUCGCGAGCCUGCACGAGUUCCUGGACUGGAGGAAGAUGAAGCUUCUACCUCGCAAACCCCACGACAACGCCCAGCUUGUCAGCGGGGUUUCCUUCCAAGGGACCAUCAUCGGCAUGGCGCCCAUCAUGAGCAUGUGCACAGCGGAGCAGUCUGGGGGCGUCGUCAUGGACCACUCAGACAGCCCCGUUGGCGCGGCUGUGACCCUGGCGCACGAGCUGGGCCACAACUUCGGGAUGAACCACGACACGCCGGAGAGAGGCUGUAGCUGCAGAACGGCUGCCGACAAAGGAGGCUGCAUCAUGAACCCUUCCACCGGGCACCCCUUCCCCAUGGUGUUCAGCAGCUGCAGCCGGAAGGACCUGGAGGCCAGCCUGGAGAAGGGCGUGGGCAUGUGCCUCUUCAACCUGCCGGAGGUCAAGCAGGCUUUCGGGGGCCCGAAGUGCGGCAACGGCUACGUCGAGGAAGGAGAGGAGUGUGACUGUGGGGAACCAGAGGAAUGCACGAACCUCUGCUGCAAUGCCACCACCUGCGCCCUGAGGCCGGACGCCGUCUGCGCACACGGGCUGUGCUGCGAAGACUGCCAGCUGAAGCCCGCGGGGACGGCGUGCAGGGGCCCCGGGAACUCCUGCGACCUGCCGGAGUUCUGCUCCGGGGCCAGCCCGCACUGCCCAGCCAACGUGUACCUGCACGACGGGCACCCCUGCCAGGGCGUGGACGGCUACUGCUACAACGGCAUCUGUCAGACCCACGAGCAGCAGUGCGUCACCCUCUGGGGACCAGGUGCCAAGCCCGCCCCUGGGAUCUGCUUUGAAAGAGUCAACUCUGCAGGGGACCCUUAUGGCAACUGCGGCAAAGACUCCAAGAGCUCCUUCGCCAGAUGCGAGAUGAGAGACGCCAAAUGUGGGAAAAUCCAGUGUCAAGGGGGUGCCAGCCGACCAGUCAUUGGCACCAACGCCGUUUCCAUAGAAACGAAUAUCCCACUGCAGGAAGGAGGGCGGAUCCUGUGCCGCGGGACCCACGUGUACUUGGGCGAUGACAUGCCGGACCCGGGGCUCGUGCUUGCCGGCACCAAGUGUGCAGAUGGAAAAAUUUGCCUCAAUCGUCGGUGUCAAAACAUCAGUGUCUUUGGCGUCCACGAGUGUGCAAUGCGGUGCCACAAUAGGGGGGUAUGUAACAACAGGAAGAACUGCCACUGCGAGGCCCACUGGGCACCCCCCUUCUGUGACAAGUUUGGCUUUGGAGGAAGCACAGACAGCGGCCCCACCCGGCAAGCAGAUAACCGAGGUUUAACCGUGGCGAUCCUGGUGGCCGUCCUGUGCCUCCUCACGGCCGGAUCUGCAGUUUAUCUCAAAAGGAAGCCCUUGAUACGACUGCUGUUCACAGACAAGAAAACCACCAUUGAGAAGCUAAGGUGCGUGCGCCCUUCCCGGCCCUCCGGCGGCUCCCAGCCCAGCCAGGCUCCCCUCCCCCACCUGAGCAAAGGCUUGAUGCGGAAGCCGGCGCGCCCGGACCCCACCAAGGACAAUCCCAAGAGGCUGCCCCCGUGUCAGAGCGUGGACAUCAGCCGACCCCUCAACGCCCUCGACCUCCCUCGGCCCAGGUCGCCUCAGCGCGUGCUCCCGACCCUCCACCAGGCGCCCCGCGCGCCCAGCGUCCCCGCCAGACCCCUGCCGGCCGCCCCUGCGCCCAGGCCGGCCCAGGGAACUCGCAAGCCAAGCGCUCCCCAGAAGCCUCUGCCUGCAGACCCUCUGAGCAAGGCGACCCGGCUUGGCCACGCCUCCGCCAGGACCCUGGCCCCACCGCAGUCUGGGCUCCGCCUGGCGCCCCUCAGACCAGCUCCCAAACGUCCACAUCCCGUGCCCAGACCCGCCCACGCCGCCUAUGCUAAGUGA